AUGCCGCCAAAAACGAGUGGAAAGGCCGCAAAGAAGUCCGGCAAAGCGCAGAAGAACAUCUCGAAGUCUGACAAGAAAAAGAAGAAGCACAAGAGGAAGGAGAGCUACGCCAUUUACAUUUACAAGGUGCUCAAGCAGGUCCACCCCGACACCGGUAUCUCCUCGAAGGCCAUGUCCAUCAUGAACUCGUUCGUGAACGACAUUUUCGAGCGCAUCGCCGCGGAGGCGUCCCGGCUCGCUCACUACAACAAGCGGUCGACCAUCACGUCGCGAGAGGUGCAAACCUCCGUGCGGCUGCUGCUGCCCGGCGAGCUCGCCAAGCACGCCGUCAGCGAAGGCACCAAGGCGGUCACCAAGUACACGAGCUCCAAGUGAGCGGCCGUCCAAGACGUGUCGUCG